GACUAAGGCAGCAGCAGGAGAAUUCAAAAGUGAAAAUCUAGCAACCCCAGAAUUAUCUUCACUGUCGACUUAAAUCUCAGAUGAAUUUUAAAGCCCCGCCCCACUCCAUCUCACAGUCUUCCUCCCUCCCUCUUUCUCUCUGGCUCUCUCCCGUCUCCCUCGCUGACCUCAAAUCCAACCAGAAGCAUUUCUCCACUCUGCAGAGAAAUUCUCAGGCUCCUGUUGAGACAUGAAGCCCUGAGAAGCCGAAAAAACGCCUUGUGCGCCAGAACUGGAGACAAGAAAAUUGGAGAAUAAACAGAAAAAACGUAAUCCUUAGAGUAACAAGAAGCAAGCAAUUCCAAACCUUUCACCGCGCAAACCAUGCAGGAUGAUUUACUGAUGGACAAAAGCAAAACCCAGCCCCAGCCCCAGCCCCAGCAGCAGCGGCAGCAGCAGCAGCAGCAGCAGCAGCAGCAGCAGCCGCCCCAGCCGCAGCCCCAGCCCCAGCCCGAGCCCGGCGCCGCCGAAGCCCAGUCCACGCCCCUCUCACCGGAGACCCCCAAGCCGGAGGACAGCAGCGCAGUGCCGGCGCUCAGCCCCGCCGCGGCCCCGCCAGCCCCUAACGGCUCGGACAAGAUGCAGAUGGAGUCGCCGCUCCUGCCGGGCUUGAGUUUCCAUCAGCCCCCUCAGCAGCCGCCGCCGCCGCCGCAGGAGCCCACGGCGCCCGGCGCGUCGCUGUCGCCGUCCUUCGGCAGCACUUGGUCCACCGGCACCACGAACGCGGUGGAGGACAGCUUCUUCCAAGGGAUCACCCCAGUCAACGGGACCAUGCUCUUCCAGAACUUCCCGCACCAUGUCAACCCGGUCUUCGGAGGCACCUUCUCCCCGCAGAUCGGCCUGGCGCAGACCCAGCACCACCAGCAGCCGCCGCCGCCCGCGCCGCAGCCCGCGCAGCCCCCGCAGGCGCAGCCCCCGCAGCAGCGCAGGUCGCCGGCCAGCCCGAGCCAGGCGCCCUACGCACCGAGGAGUGCCGCCGCCGCCUACGGCCACCAGCCCAUCAUGACCAGCAAGCCGUCCUCGUCCUCGGCCGCAGCGGCCGCUGCCGCCGCUGCCGCCGCCGCUUCCUCGGCCUCGUCCAGCUGGAACACUCACCAGAGCGUGAACGCCGCCUGGAGCGCGCCGUCCAACCCGUGGGGCGGCCUGCAGGCUGGCCGGGACCCUCGCCGGGCGGUGGGCGUCGGUGUGGGCGUGGGGGUUCCCUCUCCACUUAACCCCAUCUCGCCGCUGAAAAAGCCCUUUUCCAGCAACGUGAUCGCGCCACCCAAGUUCCCCCGUGCGGCCCCGCUCACUUCCAAGUCUUGGAUGGAGGAUAACGCUUUCCGGACCGAUAAUGGUAACAAUCUGUUGCCAUUUCAGGACCGGAGUAGGCCCUAUGACACUUUUAACUUGCACUCGUUGGAGAACUCCUUAAUGGAUAUGAUAAGGACUGAUCAUGAGCCUCUGAAAGGUAAACACUACCCUCCCAGUGGCCCACCAAUGAGUUUCGCUGAUAUAAUGUGGAGGAAUCAUUUUGCAGGGCGCAUGGGAAUAAAUUUCCAUCAUCCUGGAACAGAUAAUAUUAUGGCACUUAACACCAGGAGCUAUGGGCGAAGACGAGGUCGAUCUUCUCUCUUUCCCUUUGAAGACGCCUUCUUGGAUGACAGCCAUGGUGAUCAGGCCUUGUCCUCUGGUUUGAGUUCUCCCACUCGCUGUCAAAAUGGGGAACGGGUGGAACGCUACUCGAGAAAGGUGUUUGUUGGAGGACUUCCUCCUGACAUCGAUGAAGAUGAGAUCACUGCCAGCUUUCGUAGAUUUGGACCUCUUGUGGUAGACUGGCCUCACAAAGCCGAAAGCAAGUCGUAUUUUCCUCCUAAAGGCUAUGCCUUUCUGCUAUUCCAAGAGGAAAGUUCAGUACAAGCUUUGAUAGAUGCCUGCCUAGAAGAAGACGGGAAACUGUACUUGUGUGUUUCAAGCCCAACCAUCAAGGAUAAACCGGUGCAAAUUCGACCAUGGAACCUAAGUGACAGUGACUUUGUAAUGGAUGGUUCUCAGCCUUUGGACCCCAGAAAAACUAUCUUUGUCGGGGGAGUUCCACGACCCCUCCGAGCUGUUGAACUGGCAAUGAUCAUGGACCGUUUGUAUGGAGGUGUCUGCUAUGCUGGAAUUGACACAGACCCGGAGCUGAAGUACCCCAAAGGUGCUGGCCGUGUGGCAUUCUCCAACCAGCAGAGUUACAUCGCAGCCAUCAGUGCGCGCUUCGUGCAGCUUCAGCACAACGACAUUGACAAGCGGGUGGAAGUGAAGCCGUACGUGCUGGACGACCAGAUGUGCGACGAGUGCCAGGGCACGCGCUGCGGAGGCAAGUUCGCGCCGUUCUUCUGUGCCAACGUGACCUGCCUGCAGUAUUACUGCGAGUACUGCUGGGCCAGCAUCCACUCGCGCGCCGGCCGCGAGUUCCACAAGCCGCUGGUGAAGGAGGGCGGCGACCGCCCGCGCCACGUGCCGUUCCGCUGGAGCUGAGCGCGGCCGCGGGCCGGAGAAGAAACGGGGAGGAGAGGCGCUGCCUCAGGGCUUGGUGUUCUGGAAUCUGUGCAUUCGUUCUCGGUUUUUAAAGAAGAAAAUGGGUCUUUUUAUUAUUACUAUUAUUUACAGUCAUAUUACGGAACUCAGUGUCCAGUAUAAUGCAGAGUUGCGGAGUGUGUAACGGUACUGAUUUGCACUUUGAUUCACACGUUUGUCUGCUUGGUACCUUAAUUUUCUUACACCUGAUUUGUCACGCGUGACGGUACGUGGACUACCAUUCUCAUCAGCGGCCAUAGGUUCAUGUCUGUGACUCUUUUAUUUGUUGUGUUGUUGUCUGAUUGUUUUUAAACUGGAGCAUGCACUUAUUUUCAGAAACUUAAGAGAGUCGCCCCUAGGACAAGACUUACCAAAGGUAAUACUCGUGUGUAGGUGGCAGAUGUAGCAAAAACUUCACAACAAUUCGACAAUUGUUAGUUGGGGUCUUUUAGAAUAAGGAUCGCCCUUAAAGAAAGUACGCCUUUAGUUGCUCUGUGUUUGACUUUUAAGGAUACCUCAUAAGCUGAAUCCUAUUGUUUCCUUAAUGUUUGAUUUUUGUUUUGCUGAGGAUUUGGUUAGAUCUUUUUAGUGUUAUGUAAAUUUAUGCUGCAAUAGCUUUUGCUGCUAUUAAAAUGGUAUAUUAAUACCAUAAUACUCUAUUCAGGCUAAGGUAUCAAUGAAAAACGAAACAAAACCCAACAACACACUUCUGUGAUUUAGGAAUAGAGUAAACUGCCGAAAGGAGAUGAGAACAGACUUCUCAGAAGGCUUCACAGGAAGGUCACUACUUCUGACUGCAUGUUUAACUUAAUCAGGUUGCUGCAUGCAAUAAAUUUUAUAUCCAAUGUCUAGUAUAAAACCUUCCCACAAUGCACAAAUUAAGAAACUAUAUAAGCUAUAAAAUACUCAUUUUUUAAAAGAGUUUUUUUUCAUUAAUGAAUUGGUAAUGGAAUGGAGGAAGGCAUGCCUCAGUGGAUGGAAUGCUUCUGAACAGGAAGAGCCCACGAAAGGAUCUAUAUUACAACCAAUAUAAAACCUAGGCAUAGGAUUUUCUUCAAGCAAACUUGUGGAUGGUAGAUGAAGUACUUUGCGGUGCUCUGUUAUAUAUUGUGCAAUUUAUUUUAUAUAGUAAAGUAAUUAUGUCUAACUGUGAUCAAACUUAACUCUUUUAAGCCUCUGUGUCAGACAUUGAUGAACGUGACAGUUCAUAACUGGUAUAUUGUUAAGUAACACGAGCUCUUAUUUACUAUCUCCUAGUGCUUGCACCAUUUUACAUAGCUUCAGACCUUGUCCAGAAGAACCAAAGAGCUCAUCUUAGCUUACAAACACUAAGACAUAUAUACAGUAUCUAGAGAUAAGUUGUCAGAUUGACAAAUGAGGCACAUCUUUUUAAAGUUGUGUAGUGGUGAUGCUAAAGAAAUGUCUGUACAAAACAAGAUGGCCUGGGCAAAGUUGGUUGUCUGGGUGAGAAAUUAGCUAUUUAAUUCCCUGGAUUUAUCCUGUAAAGCUUGAAUAAAAUUAAGCCCUGCUAGUACUACCAUGGACAUUUUUUUAGCACUCACUCUUGGGCUGCAGAUAGUAAUAUAUAAACACACACAAUGAUUGCGAGACUAUAUAAAUCUUUUUUUAAUCUUUUUCCUAUGUUUCGGAAUUCUGGGGACAAUCUGACUGGAUAUGACACUGCAGAAUAGAUUUUUUAAGUCGCUGUGUUUUAUGUGCUGUGAUGUCCUUGUAUCGUCUUAAGUUAGCAUUGCAUGUUUUGGGGUUUUUUUCCUCCAUUGUUUAGUUGCAGUUACUGGCUCUCAAGUUACAGUUUGUUUUCAAAAAGGAAAAACAAAAUAGCUUUUUACUAAAUUAAAAAUGCUUAUUAGAAUCCUCCCCUUUUGAGGUUAUCUCUGGGCUUGUUGGUAAUAAUUGGGUUUUUUUCCAGCCCAGAUAUGGUUUAGCUUUUUUUUUUUUUUAAAUAUUUUUAAUAUGUUUGUGGUUUUUUGUUUUUGUUUUUCAUCUGUACAAGAAAUUUUGUUAUGUACUACUACAUUUUGUAUUCUAGACAGUUUUCAAAAGUUGGCUGAAGAUUUUUGUUUGUUUGUUUUUAAGGAAAAAGGCAUGCUUUCUGACUGACAUGAUCUUUUGCAAUACCUCAAUUUUGAAAUAUAGGAAAGAAAAUGAUAUUUUCUAAGUAAGUUUAUUCAGAAAAAUAUAUAUUAAUUUAAUUCUGUAACAAAAUGAUUUAACAGAUGGGUAACUUUAUUUUUUUCAUGCUUAUUUGUGUUUUUUGAAAAUGAAGAAGUUAGAGCUUUAUAACUAUAAUAUUAAAGAUCAUAUCUAACCUACAGAAAUCUACCUAAUUAUGUGAAAGAAGCAAAACUUUUUGAAGAAGCACCCCUCUUUCAUGUACUAAAAUAACACUGAGAUUUUUAAAAAACUGAAGGAUUGCACAACGUAAAGCUGAAGUGAAGGCAGAAAAACAAUGUCAUGAAGAGCAGGUUACAAAAAUAAACUCCCUUCGGUGCUGAAAGUUGUGACUAGAUGGUGGAAACUACUUUCCCUUAAUUUGUAUAUUUAUAAUCAAGCGUUGAUUGUGCACGACUGACCAGGAUUGUGAAAGAGUUCUUCUGUUUGUAUUUUUUUAAAGAGAACUUUUUUAGUUUAUUAAAUUAUAACAUGUUCCUUUUUGUUUUGUAAAUAAACGUGUCCCCAAGUUCUUAAUGUUAUAUUAAAAGAAAGGGUCCUUCAAAAAAAUUAUAUUUUAAAACAUAGAGGUGUUCUGACCUGCAACUUGACUGGGAAGCCCCUGGGUGACACAGGUCCUGUCGUGGCCUUGCCUUGAUGUGACACUUGAACUAGUCGAUUUUUUGAAGGCUAUAACCUAACCUCGACUAUUUGUUGUUAUGUGCAAUACUGUUUGUACUGUUUGUAUAAAAAAAAUAGAAAAAAAAGAAAAGAAAAAAGGCAUAAAUCUUUAUUGCAGAUUUAUUUUCAUUGCAAACUUUAGACAUUGUGAUUCACUGAAAUCAUUUUUCUACUGUCAGAUAUGUACCUUUUCUUCAUGCUGGUAUUUUUUCAAUAGUAAUGUAGCCUUUGUACUGAGACAAAUUUUCAUUGUUAUUUUUAGAAAGAUUUUUUGCUAAGAAAAAAAUUAAACAUAUUUACAUAUUUUUCAUUUUGUUUCGUAUUUUCUUUAAGGAGUGCUUUCUCAAUCAUUAAUAGAGUUGUUUCUGGGAGGGACUUUCAUAUCUGGUCAAUGUCAUAUUAUUUUGUAUUUUUACUUGGAAUAAAUUAAUUUUAUGAUGCUAAUUCUUUAAAAGUUUAUUUUUUUCAUUUUCAGUUAUUUUUGAAGCUAAAACCUUUGUAAUAUUGUUACUAAAGUGUCUAGUUUUUUGAAAUGCAAAGCUUUAUGUAUUAUCUUGCUGAUGUGGUUUACAAUAGUGUGACAACGAUGAAAAUGGUUGGUUAUGUACAGUGAUUGGAAAUGUAACGGAUAAUUGGGUAAUAAAGUGACAGAGUGAGCAGAACAUGUGAAAUUUUGACAAGCCUUUUCCUUUAUUACAGUGACGCAGUGUAAGACUAGGGAUGUCACAGUACAGGUCUCUAGGGAUGUCACAGUGGAUUUAUACAACACCAGAUGCAGCCAAAUCUGUGGCCCUGAUAAAGAAGUCACCCUACUGAGAUACCACUGGGUUUCAAACCUAGCUAGGUCAACACAAUAUUUCAUGGCUUUGCCCCCUCUAACUUCAUUUUGUCGUGUGUGUGUGUGUGUGUGUGUGUGUGUGUGUGUGUGUGUGUGUAUCUGCCACCAGCUGCUGUCCACGUGUGAGAUGGUGCCUUUCUCUCCCAAAUCUUUUACAUGAAUCUACAGUGGUGACAUCUGUGAGCUGGAGGAAGUGGCUGAGAGGACACCAGCUUCUGAUGGUCUAAUAUAGACUGACUGCAGAGUCACACGGGGUGCUUUCCUGGAAGAGCUGGUUGGCGGCACGAGGAAGGCCCCCUGGAUGUCACCACUGUACGUGGUCACUGUGUGUGUCCGGCUGCAUCUUCCUCCACACCCGCCUGCUCUGUUAUUCGCACCAUGCCCCUUUGCUUUUAUCUCGGCAGUGCACUGCGCCCCUCUGUGCAUGAUCUGUCUGCUCCUGCUGCGUUCCCAGUCCCCCCCUCACCUGGAAGCCUUGCUGUUCAGGCAGCAUGAUGGUGCAGUGGCACCUAAAAUUAAUGCAAAAAACAUUGUACAACUGCAAAACUGGUGUUGCGUAAACAGAACAUCCGAUGACUUGCUCUAGAUAGAUGGCGUGUUUCUACUAGUCAUUGGUGGCCUCUUCUAGCUCCAUAGCUAUGGAGCUGAGGUUAAUCAAUAACUUAGAGAAACUUGAGUCCAGAGAUGGCUCCUGGGUAUGCUCUAUGUAUUCAGUUUUGUAAAUAAUAUAUAGAUUAGAUCAAGUUGUGAUGUAAAAUUUUAACUCGAAUUGGGUACUACUGGUUGGAAUUUUACAUUAACUACAAAUGAUUAGGAACAGAAGAAAGAAAUUGGAAAAAUUCUUGUUUAGUGGUAUAAAGAUUAUGCUUAGAUUUCUGCCUAUAUCUUGUGUUUUAUAGCUUGUUAGUGAGGCAUGGGCUAAUGCAGAAUGUACUGCAUUUAUGCAAUUAGCAAAUAAUUGCUAGUUUUCAUUUUAUCUAUUAUAUUAGCAACAAAUGGCAUUUAACUGGGUAAAGCUCCUACCUAAAUAUUUGAGUAUUGUGACAUCUCUACUUGCAAGGUUUGAAUGAAAGAUUAGUCACAGAUUAGUGAAAAAGAGUAUCUUUUGUUAAAACUGGCUUAUUUGUAUGAACUGUUGCUUUUUCACUAGUUUCUAUGGUAUGUUUGCUAACAUUUCUUUGUUUUCUUUUUCUUUUAUAAUCAGACUUCUCUAUCUCAGCUACACUAGUGUUCCAUCUUACCAGAGAGUAUUUUAUAAUUAAUGCUGUUGACUUUAUACCCCAAAAUGGAUCAAGGAAUGGCUCUGUGAUUCAGGGUUGUUUAAAUUUGUAUGAUGAAGAAAUUAAUUGUAACAAGUAGAAAUCUUGGGUGCUAACACAAGACAACUCUUUUUCCUGGAUACAGUUCCACUGGGGUAUAAAGUAUUAGGUAUUUGUAUUUUUGCUGUCAAAAUAAUGGACAUAACUUUUAGAGUGUUCACAGCUAAGAUCUCUGUAUUUGUUUUUCAACUAACAACUAAUUUUAAAUGUAUUGUAUCUUUUAUUACCUGUGUUCUUAGAUUGUUUUUUUGCUAGUAACCCUUACUCAGCUUCUGCCUUUGGGGCUUGGACUAAUACUGCUUGUAUGGAACUACAGUACUGUGACUAAAUAUGGAGCUCAAUGCAGCCACUGCUUACAACUGCUUAAACUUUGUAGUUUGGACUUUUUUUCUGUAAUAACUUAUUAAAUCUAGUUGUAUGAAGUA